UCUGAAGUUACAAUCUAAGAUGGUUGACUAUAUUGUAAAAUCUUUAUAAUGCUAAAAGAGUUACGUCUAAUAUAGUAGCUUCUGUUAGUAUGGUGUUUAUUGCAGAUCUCAGAUUGCAAACGACUUAAAAUAAAUCAGACGUUCUACCUAUAUUGUGAUCGUUUAAGAAUUUCUAUUACGGCGGAAAUCUGCUUCUAAAAGCUUCUCUGCCACUUACAAAUCGUGGAUGGACUCUCUGCUGACAAAAAGACGAUACUGGUACAAGCUAUAAUACUUUCUUUUAUCAUCGCUGGGGAAUAUUAUACUUAAAAAAUGCUGCACCAAAUGAGAUCCGAUUUCUUGGACGCUGAAGCUGAAGAUUCAGAGAAAUCAUGCCUGGAGUCAUGCAUUGCACGUUCAAGAAUUUCGCUAAAGGGAGAUGGUCAUGAUGACAUUAUGAACCCACAACGAAAUGAGUGCUGUUACGACGAAGCAUAUAAGAAAUCAUUGGAGCGUCCAGAAGAAUUUUGGAGCGAGAUCGGCGGUUAUCUUGACUGGCACAAGCCUUGGGACAAAGUUUUAGAUAAUUCCAACGAACCGUUUACGAAAUGGUUUGUAGGUGGAGAAUUAAACGCUUGUUACAACGCGGUGGAUCGUCACGUGUACGCCGGAUAUGGAGAGAAAACAGCUCUUAUCCACGAUAGUCCUCAAACAUCGUUAAUACGGAAAGUAACGUAUAACGAACUUUUGAAGAAAACAUCCAUAUUAGCAGGAGCGUUGGCGGAUCUAGGUGUGACUAAAGGUAAUAGGGUGAUCAUCUACAUGCCGCUGAUUCCCGAAACUAUAAUCGCGAUGCUAGCAACUACCAGAUUGGGAGCAAUUCACUCCGUAGUUUUUGGAGGCUUUGCAGCGAACGAGUUGGCGUCUAGAAUAAAUCAUGCUGAGCCAAAGGUUAUUAUUGCCGCAAGUUGCGGAUUGGAACCGUCCAAAAUAAUUAAGUAUACUAAUAUCAUAAAUGAUGCCAUGAAUAUAAUCACCGUGCCGAAACCAAAGUGCAUAAUAUUCCAGCGAAAAAACGUGUGGGAAGCUCCAUUAGUUGAGUCGCAAUAUGACUGGGAUGAACUCAUUAAGAUAUCAAAACCUCAUUCAUGCGUCAUGGUUGAAGCUAAUGACCCUUUGUAUAUCUUAUACACAUCGGGUACUACAGGGCAACCAAAGGGAAUUGUAAGGCCGACCGGUGGCCACUUGGCGACGCUUUGUUGGACAAUAAACACAGUUUAUAAUAUUGAUAAGAAUUCCGUCUGGUGGGCGGCGUCUGAUAUGGGCUGGGUCGUCGGACAUUCAUACAUAUGCUACGGUCCUCUUGUAAAUGGUUCGACGAGUAUUAUGUACGAAGGGAAACCUGACAGAACUCCAGAUGCCGGUCAAUAUUUCAGAAUUAUUGAACAACAUAGCGUAAACGCGUUAUUUUGCGUGCCUACAGCUCUACGUGUUAUAAAGCGUACGGAUCCGGAGACGCUAUUAGGAAGAAAGUAUUCAUUAAAAUCCUUAAAAACAAUAUUUGUAGCUGGAGAGUUUUGCGAUUAUGAGACAAAAGUCUGGGCCGAGAAAGCGUUCCAAGUUCCAAUUUUAAAUCACUGGUGGCAAUCGGAAAUUGGCCAUCCUGUUACAUCAUUGUGUUUAGGAUAUGGUCAUUAUCCUAGUUUGCCUAAAUUCAGUACAGGUCCUCCUAUACCGGGAUAUAAGAUUCAUGUCCUGCGCGAAGAUGGAAGUAAAGCAUCGAUAAAAGAACUCGGACGAAUUGCGAUAAAAUUACCGUUGCCGCCUGGUUUUAUGUUAACUCUUUAUCGAGCACCUGAGAAGUUUAAGGAAGUAUACUUCUCAAAGUUUCCGGGUUACUAUGACACCAUGGACGCGGGCUAUAUCGACGAGUCUGGUUAUAUUUAUGUGACAGCGAGAGAUGAUGAUAUUAUAAAUGUUGCCGGACAUAGAAUAUGCACAGCUGCGUUAGAAGAUGUUAUCUUAAGUCACCCCGAUGUAGUCGAGGCUGCGGUUGUUGGUGUACCAGAUCAUACAAAGGGAGAAGUACCCUUAUGUCUUUAUGUUAGGCGAGAAGAUGCAAUAAAUAAUGAAGAAGAAAUAAAUCAAGAAUUGGUUUCACGAGUACGAAACUUAAUUGGACCGAUUGCGUCUUUCCGAUGUGCUGCCGCAACUACAGCUUUACCUAAAACGCGAUCAGGAAAGAUAAUUCGCAAAUCAAUAGCCACACUAGCACGAUCCAAACAAGUCAAGAUUCCGAGCACAAUUGAAGACCCAACAGUAUACCGUGAAAUCAAAGAAAUACUUCAAAAACUUGGAUAUGCGAAGCUAGCACCAGAUCCUCAAUAACCUAUUUUACAAAGUUUUAUGCAAAGUGUUUUUAUAUAAUGGACCUAUACAAUACAAAUUCCCAAAAAUUUGAAGAUUUUACGACACAAUUGUAAGUUUAAAAUUUGUAGAUUGACACUUUUUGUAGAUCUGUUCUUCUUAUUGCAUCAUGUUCCUGUUCUCCAUGAGAAGAAAACAAGAGAAGAAUAAUGCAGAGAAAAAAUUCGGAAUAUGUUACAUAAUAAAACGAUUAGAUUCAUUAAUUCGAAUUUUGCUCAUUUAUAUCAAAAUAUUUUAUGUACUUAUAUCAUGAUUUAUAUCACAUGAUGUUAAUAAAUAUUUUAGUAAGAGAAUAUA